CCAGCACACGAACGUUCAGUCUCGCCCAUCCACUCUUCACAAUGGCCUCCUCCGCUCUCCAGGGUGUUUACAACACCAUCUUCCGCAAGAACUACGUCUUCCUCAGCGUCGUCUUUGUCAGCGCCUUCGGCUUGGAGAUCGCCUUCGACAACGCCUCCAACAGCGUCUGGAACUCCGUCAACAAGGGUCGCCAAUGGAAGGACCUCAAGCAAAAGUACAUGGAGAACGACGACGAGUAGACGUUAUGGUCCACGCAACUUCCCGACCGAUAAUAGACUCCUUCUGCCCUUUCAUGUAUCAUAUCUGAAAAAAUCCUCAAGCGCUCUUCCAAUUCCAACUUCAGACAACUUCCGGCCCUUCUUUGAUGAAGAUGAUGAUACCAGCGUGACGAAGGCCAUGCAAACUGUAUCACGCUUGCAGAGUUGUUCAUUUGCAUCGGUCCAUUUCCGCCAGGCAAUCAUAGAAUAUCUGAACGCUCAUGUGCGUUCUGUUGGUCGGCCGAAGCGAUGGACCGGCACAUAUUUUUCCAGACACUCUACC